GAAAGAGUAGACGCCUGGUUCUAAAGCACAACAAACCGCUCUGGAUGUAUUCGUCUUCGAGCGUUAUUUAUUUGUUUAGCUAUUGUUUAGCCCAAGGCAACUUAGCGUGAAUAAAAUGCGUAAAAGCCUUGUACCGCAGCGAUGUGCACCGUCGAACGCAGUUCACUCACCGUUCAAAAGCCCACUGUCGGCCCAAAAACGCCAGCGGGAAUGUCGCAAGCGUGUGUCGGAAAAGGGUGGCUCGGAACAGCCACCCACCCCGAAGCUAUCGGUGUCCGAACACGAGCUAAUGAUCAUGAAAAUAUUGACGCAACCGUUCAAAAUACCGAUCGCAAACUACGUACCGGAACAUUCGACCCGAUGUUUGGGCAUGAAGCGCUCCGCCGCCCGGCGUGCCUUACAUGAUCCUUUCGCUUGCAAUGCUCUCGUGCUGUUUAGUCCGCCGGAGUUGUCCGAACAUGAUAAGCUUAAAAUGGACAAGAACAAGAUACAGGUACACGUGGUGGUGGAUCCUCUGCUCGGCAACAUUCUACGACCGCAUCAACGGGAAGGUGUGAAAUUUAUGUACGAUUGUGUAACCGGUGCGAAAGGCGAUUUCAAUGGGUGCAUUAUGGCCGAUGAAAUGGGGCUAGGUAAAACCCUGCAAUGUAUCACCUUGCUGUGGACGCUGCUACGACAAAGCCCGGACUGCAAACCUACCAUCAACAAGGCCAUCAUCGUGUGUCCAAGUUCGUUAGUAAAAAAUUGGUACAAAGAGUUCGGCAAGUGGCUCGGAUGUCGCGUGAACUGUCUAUCGAUCGAUGGAGGAUCGAAAGAGCAAACGACGAAGGAACUGGAACAGUACAUGGCCAAUCAAAGCCAACGACACGGCACUCCUGUUUUGAUAAUUAGCUACGAAACUUUCCGGUUGUAUGCAAACAUUCUGAACAAUUCCGAGGUUGGGGCGGUGUUGUGCGACGAGGGACAUCGGUUGAAGAACUGCGAGAACCUUACCUAUCAGGCACUGAUGGGUCUGAAGACACACCGAAGGGUUCUGCUGUCCGGUACGCCAAUUCAAAACGAUCUGACAGAGUAUUACAGCUUGCUGCACUUUGUUAACCCGGGAAUGUUGGGUUCAACUGCGGAAUUCCGGAAACAGUUUGAAAAUCCGAUUCUUCGGGGGCAGGAUGCAAAUUCCACGGACACAGAACGGGAAAAGGCAGGCGAGCGUUUGCAAGAACUCGCUGCCCUCGUAAACCGUUGCAUGAUCCGUCGUACCAGCGCGCUACUCACGAAGUACCUUCCGGUGAAGUUUGAAAUGGUGGUGUGUGUGCGUAUGACCGAGGUUCAAACAGCCCUUUACAAGAGCUUCCUACAAUCUGACUCCAUCCGCUGCAGCGUAAUGGAAAAAUCUGCUUCAAAAGCGAGCUUAACGGCGCUGUCUAACAUCACCUCGCUGAAGAAACUGUGCAAUCAUCCGGAUCUGGUGUACGAUAAGAUACAGGAGCGUGCAGAUGGGUUCGAAAAUGCGGCCCGCAUCCUGCCGGAUAACUAUAGUCCACGCGAACUGCGUCCAGAGCUGGGCGCUAAGUUAAUGCUGUUGGAUUGCAUGCUUGCCUCGAUAAAAACGAACACAACCGAUAAGAUAGUGUUGGUUUCGAAUUACACGCAAACGCUCGAUCUGUUUGAGAAGCUGUGCCGGAAGCGUGGCUACGGUUAUGUGCGUCUUGAUGGCACGAUGACGAUUAAGAAGCGAGGCAAAGUAGUGGAUGAGUUUAACAAACCAGACUCUAACGACUUCAUCUUCAUGCUUAGCUCGAAAGCGGGUGGCUGUGGGUUGAAUUUAAUCGGUGCCAACCGGCUCGUAAUGUUCGAUCCCGAUUGGAACCCGGCCAAUGACGAACAGGCGAUGGCACGCGUGUGGCGCGAUGGACAAAAGAAACCCUGCUUCAUCUAUCGCCUUUUGGCAACGGGUUCGAUCGAGGAGAAGAUCUUCCAACGGCAAACACACAAGAAAGCUCUUUCAACAACCGUGGUCGAUAAUGCCGAGGACGGCGAGCGUCAUUUUACACAGGACGAUCUGAAGGAUCUAUUCAAGCUGGACGAAAAAACACGUUCCGAUACCCACGACAUAUUCCGCUGCAAACGAUGUACGAAUAGCGUGCAGAUGAAGCUACCGCCCGAGGACAGUGAUUGCAUGUCGGAUCUGGUACACUGGUACCAUUGCGCCAACAAUAAGGGCAUUCCGGAUGAUAUACUGUCCAAGUCGUGGGAUAUAACCGGGUGUGUUUCAUUCGUUUUUCACCACCGAUCGAAUUCGGCCGUAGUCGAACAGCAGCUCGCGGAACAGAGGCGCCAGCAGGCACUGGCUGCGAAGGAGCAACAAGCCGACGAGGAGGAUGAGUCGGAUGACGACGACAAGGAAAACAAUGCACACGGUGAUGAGGAGGACGACAACGAACCAGAGGCGGAUGAUGAAAAAGAUGCCGAUUUUGUGUUGUAACUCAACGCCAACAAUACGAUGAUCUUUUUUUAUUAAAGAAAUCGUACGUAUUUUACA